AUGGCGCACACCCACGCAGACAAGCUUCUGCAGCGACCGCUGUAUGUCUUUGACCUCCCCGAAGAGAUCCUGUAUACUCUGCAGCUCAAGACCCAGCCAACUGCGCCCCCAGAACCAGAAACGCCCUCACCGCAACCCGCCACUCCAGAGACACCUCGGCCAGAAGAUGGCGCGCCGUCCAACGCAACAUCAUGUCGUCUCUGCGGCCUCACCUUUGCCAGUCUACUCGAGCAGCGCAGCCAUGUCAGAUCCGACUUUCACAGUUACAAUAUAAAGCAGAAGCUACGUGGAAAGCAGGCUGUGACUGAAAGUGAAUUCGAGAAGCUCGUGCAGGAUUUGGAUGAGAGUCUGUCGGGAUCGGACUCUUCAGACUCGGAAGACGAGAGUGACGGAGAGAAGAAAGACUCGACGCUGAGUGCGUUGCUCAAACGGCAGGCGAAAGUCACUCAUGGCGACGCUGAUGAUGCGCCAACAAAGCAGCCCAAGCGCGAUUCCGGCAAGCCUCCUCUGCUGUGGUUCUCUACGCCGAAGCUGCCUUCCAACACCUCUCUCGCCAUAUACCGGGCCAUAUUCUCAACUUCAGAGCAGGAGCAUGAAGAGAAGCUGGUGGAUACGAUCAAGCAGAAACAGCUUGCUGCAAAGCCCCCACCCAACCCGCUGCAGCAGAAGAAGCUGGAGAAGGAUGAGGAGGAGGGUGGGGUCCGACUACCAGCCUCGAUGAUGCCAAAAAAUACCAGCGCUGCUGGUCCGCACUACUUUCUCUGCAUGAUCGGUGGUGGCCACUUUGCCGGCAUGCUGGUGUCUCUCACGCCCAAGCUGACGAAGAAAGCCGGCCAAGACGACCGAUCUGCUACGGUAAUAGCGCACAAGACUUUCCAUCGGUACACUACACGUCGGAAACAAGGUGGCUCACAAAGUGCCAACGAUAACGCGAAAGGCAAUGCACAUUCUGCCGGGUCAAGUAUACGAAGAUAUAACGAAGCAGCACUGACACAGGAAGUGCGCGAGUUGCUUGCUGAAUGGCGAGAGAUGAUCGACAGUGCUGAGCUGCUGUUCAUCAGAGCAACGGGAAGCACCAACAGACGCACGCUCUUCGGCCCUUACGAAGGACAAGUGCUGAAUUCCAGAGACGCACGGCUGCGAGGCUUUCCCUUCAGUACGCGUAGAGCGACGCAGAAUGAGCUCAUUCGCUCCUUCACCGAGUUGACGAGAGUCAAAGUCGCCACUGUGGACGAAGCAGCCCUAGCAAGACAAGCUGAAGAGGCCGCUCACGCUGCCGUAAAAGCAGAAGCUGCGGCCAACGGUAAGCCCAGUACGCCAAAGCCAGCAAAGCCCUCGAAAGAAGACGAAGAGGCAGCAUUGCACACACAGCAACUGCAAGCCCUCAUCCGACGAGCGAAGGCCCCUGCAAUGCUAUCCUACAUCCAGUCCAACAGCCUAAGUCCUGAUUUCCGCUUCUUUCCACUCGAUCUCAAUCAUCAUGCACCGACACCACUUCACCUUGCAGCAGCAUCCAACAGUCCCGCCUGCGUCACUUCCCUUCUUGUCAAGGCCGGCGCAGAUCCAUCAAUCCGGAAUGGCGAUGGCAAGUCUGCUUUUGAUAUCGCUGGUGAUCGCGCCACCCGAGACGCAUUUCGCCUUGCUCGCUCACAGCUUGGAGAGUUGAAAUGGCCUUGGGAUGAGGCUGGCGUGCCAGCUGCUAUCUCACAAGCGGAUGCCGAUGCACGCUCUGCUCGCGAGAAGGACGAGAAGGCUGCAGAGUCCGCAGCUGAGAAGCAGAGACGGCAAGCUGAGCUUGAGAGGAUCCGGAAAGAAGACGCGGAAAAGCAGACGGCGCAGAAAGAGAAGAAGUUUGGCAAGGGUAGUGUGCUUGGCAAGCCGGUUGUGACUGCUGAAGAGAGAAGGAUGGAGGAGGCGCGAGGCAUGACUGAUGAGAUGAGGAUGAGGCUCGAACGAGAGAAGAGGGCCAGGGCUGCAGAAGAGCGCAUGAAGAGGUUGCAAGGUAGAUAA